AAAUAAAUAGCCAAUAUCGACUGAGAAGUCGAUAUAUAAGAAAGCCCAGAAACAAAAGCAAAAGGCCUCUCUAUCCUGAUCAGCCCCUCUCAUUGCCAGCUCUUUGAUUCUCUCCCUUCUCAAUCUCCUCCCCACUUAAAUAUCCACUUUGCAUCAAUAAAAUUUGAUAACUUUUAAAGAAAACAUGGUGCAUUAUGAGAGAUAUGUUCAGUUGAAAAAAGGAGUAGUAGCUGCAGUUGUUUAUGAAGAAGAUGUUAAUGGAAACAACAAGCUCUUGGGCUCACACAACACUCUUGGUUUGCUCUGUGGAGGCUCUGCUGCAGGAGGAUACUAUAAUUAUCAGUAUUAUUUUAAUUUAAGCAUCAAGAGAACAAGGCCCAAGCUUUUGUAUCUUCUUUUGCUUACACUUUUGUCAUGUACUCUCAUUGUGGCUCCUCAGUUCUGUUUCCUCCCCUCCACUUUUCCUCUCUUAUAUUCGACUGGAGCUGAAGAUAAGGGUCUCAUUUCAGAUGCAAAUGCUUCUCUUUGUUCCUCUGUUUCUAACGGGACUAUCUGUUGUGAAAGAAAUAGUGUUCGGACUGAUGUAUGCAUAAUGAAAGGGGAUGUGAGAACACAGCCUUCCUCCUUUUCGGUUCUCCUUUACACACCCUCUAACAGUACAAAUGAUUACAUCAGUCGUGUAUCGGAUCUAUCAGUUGAUGGUAAAGACGAAUUGCAGCAUGAAAAGAUCAAACCUUAUACUAGAAAAUGGGAAUCAAGUACAAUGGCAACAAUUGAUGAGCUACACCUCAUCUCCAAGACACAGAAUUAUGGUGUUCGUCAUCAGUGUGAUGUUAAACAUGAUGUUCCUGCAGUUUUCUUUUCAACUGGAGGCUACACUGGUAACGUAUACCAUGAGUUCAAUGACGGGUUAUUGCCUCUUUUUAUAACUUCACAACAAUUUAACAGAAAGGUUGUGUUUGUUAUUGUUGAGUAUCAUGAUUGGUGGAUUACUAAGUAUGCUGACAUUCUUUCACUCCUCUCGGAUUAUCCACCUAUUGAUUAUAGUGGAGAUAAGACGGUACAUUGUUUCCCUGAAGCUAUUGUUGGCCUAAGGAUUCAUGAUGAGCUUACAGUAAAUUCUUCUUUGAUGGAAGGAAAUGUAUCUGUCAGAGAUUUUCGCAACAUUUUGGACCAAGCAUAUCGUCCUAGAAUUUUAGACAUUAUUCAAGAAGAGGAACGAGAAGCUGAACUGUUAAAAGAUAACUUCCCUGCAUUACAGAAGUUGAGAAAUCCACCAAUAACAAAGAAAGGGAAGAACAGGCAUGUGGUAGUGAAACCGAAGUUGGUCAUCAUGUCACGAAAUGGAUCAAGGUCAAUUAUGAAUGAAGAUUUAUUGGUGAAAAUGGCUGAACAAAUCGGGUUUUUCGUGGAAGUCCUAAGGCCAAAUCCAACUACAGAACUUGCAAAGAUAUACCGGUCACUAAAUUCAAGUGAUGUGAUGAUUGGGGUACAUGGUGCAGCCAUGACUCAUUUUCUUUUCAUGAGGCCUGGUUCUGUGUUUAUUCAAGUGGUUCCUCUCGGAACUAAUUGGGCUGCAGAGACUUACUAUGGGGAACCUGCAAAGAAGCUUGGUUUAAGGUACAUAGGCUAUGAAAUUAUUCCAGAAGAGAGUUCAUUGUACGAGGACUACGCCGCAGAUGAUCCUGUAUUGAGCGACCCUGACAGCGUAAACAAUAAAGGUUGGGAAUAUACUAAGAAGAUCUAUCUUGAUCGCCAGAAAGUGCAGUUAGAUCUCGGAAGAUUUGGGAAACGCUUGGCUCGAGCCUACUCUUACUUCUCCGGUGGCAAGAAGAGAAAGCAUAUCCGUCGCUCAAUGCAAUAGUUCCUGGCCUUCACAAGUUAAAGCUGUCAUUUUAGUCCAUUUUCUAGACCCCCAUUCAAUUGAUUUCUUAAACAAGUGUAGAUUGGAAGUAUGUUUCUGGGAAUCAGUUAUAUAAUCACCUGUAUAUUAGUAGUAUGACACAAGAAAAUAAGAAAUGGCUCCAAUUAAGUAA